AGCGUUCAGCUUGAGCUUUCACUGGGCCGGGCAAGAGCUCAACGUUUCCAACAACAGAUCGAACAAAUUCCAGAGUGGCCAGCCCCGCGGACCCCUUGCGGACCCGAGCGGCGAUGGCGAGGUUGCUGGACGUGACAGCACCGGGCCCCGGCUUGGCCUCCCUGCAGGUCCUAGGCGCACACGUGAAAUUGGACAAGGAGGAGGCCGCCGACGCCGUGCUCGGCCCACCGCGUGCCGUGCUGGCCGUGGACCUCCGCGGUGCGCCGAUGGUGGAAGAGGCUCCAGCACGGCCACCGCUGCGACUGGUACUGAUCAUUGACGUCUCCUACUCAAUGGCCCCGGCUCUGUCUGAUGUCCGGGAUGCCUGCAUGGAGAUCUUUCAUGAGCUCAAGGAGGAGGAUGAGAUUUGCUUAGUGUCCUUCUCCUCCUUCGCGAAAUUGAUCUUGCCCCUGCGAAAGAAGAGGGACGUGGAGGACUAUGCGCGGCUUUGCGAACUGAAGCCUGAAGCAGCCACGAACAUUCAGGCGGGCCUUGAGAUGGGCCUGGAACAAUUGCAGCGAGAGGCCGGCGCAGCGCCGCCGCAGCGUGGCUUCCUCGACUGGCUUCGGGGGGCUGCUCCGCAGGAUGAAGCUGCAGAUGUGGAGCAGGCGAGCUCCAUGGCGAUCCUCCUCUCCGAUGGUCAGCCCAAUGGCGGUAUCAGCGACAAACAGGGGCUUUUGUCCUUGGCAUCAAGACUCUGCCCAUCAGAGGUCACGAUGCACGCCUUUGGCUUCACCCAGUCGCAUGACAUUGACCUCAUGAGUGCCUUACCUUCCAAAAGUUCCGGAAAGCCUGGAAGCUACUACUACUUGGGCUCAGCGCAAGACAUUGGUGCAGCCGUCGGCGAUGCUUUGGGUGCCGUGAGCUGGCAGCCUUGCCGCAAUCUACAGCUGCGCGUGGAGGGACCUACAGGUGGCGGUUGGUAUGGACCUCCAGAUGCGAACGCCGAGGAGGAUGCGCCGCUCCUGGGGCUUCAGGAGUCGCGCAGCCUGGUGGCUUUAGGCGCCAAGGAGCGGCAGAUCCUGCUCUACGCCAUGCCGGAGAACACCUCGCUACCGCCAGCAGUCACCUUGCGAUUGACCUGGAGCACUGAGCAGGAGGGUGAGCAGAGCUAUGAGGCUCAGCUUUUGCUGGAGAAGCUGGAUACGUCUGCAUCUUCGGCCUUAUCUGCAUUGGCGGUGCGGGCGCACAUGCUCCGCUUUCAGGUGGCGCACGCCUUGACUGCGCUGGCGGUGUCCCCCGCGGCCCACGAGCGCUUUGCGCACGUGCACCAAGCCGUGUUGGAUGGUCUCAUCUCGCUUCAAGCUCUCGAGGAUCAAGAGGAAGAUCAAGAGGCCAUCUUCCUGGAAGGCAUGUUGCAGGCCUUGGAACGAGAUCUCGGGGAGGCACUGGCGAGCCAAGAUCGGAGCUCCGAGCGCAAAGGAGUCCUCCUGUCCUUUGCCGCCGAGCACUUCGGGAUGCACUCCGCCUCCUCGUUGACUCGCCUGCGCACGACCUAUGCAUCGCAACAGCAAAUUCAAACACGGCUUCGGUUUUUGCAAAGCACCAAGCCUGGAGCUGUCGAUGCGAAGGCGGCGUGCGUGCUGGACGAGACCCUCGAGCCGGCCCUGACGGAGGCGGAAAAGAAGGGCCGUGAAGACAUGGAGGAGCAGGUCUGCUAUGCCAUGCUGAGCAAUUGGCGAGACUGUGUUUUGGGCGUUGGUCUCCACGUGCACCCGCGCACCGCGCGCGAGCGGCGGGCGCAGAUCCCGCCAGAGGUUGAUUUGGUCUUGGACUACGUUUCGGCCGAAGCCUACAAUUUGGGCGUCCGAAGCACUGUGCAGCUAGGUGCUCUACCUCGCGAGGCGGACGAGGACGAGGACGGCCUUCCGGGCAACGUGGACCCUGCGGCUGCGCCGGUGCUGACGUCCACGGUGAAGAGACGUAUCAAUGCUUGGCUUCCAUUGUACAUCAACCCGAGCAAUUGGGCCGUGUCAAGGACCUUCGCCCCAUCGGCUUUCUCCUUGAUCGCCACGCAGCUGAACACUGCCUUCAAGCCCAGCGAUGCCCUGCAGGUCUGUGCGCGCUUGAUGUGCUGCGCCGUGGUGGGCUUCGUGCGCUCCGCCGACGUCUGGCAGCGCGCCGAAGCGUCGCAGCGGAGCGUGCAGAUGUACUGCGAUAUCCACCGUCUCUUGCUCCAGAUGGCUGAAGAAUAUCCGGAGAUCAAAGAGCUGGCAGAACAGAAGGUCACAGGCUUUAUCAACGACACGCAGAAGCGCACACGCAAAGGCACCUCAGACCUGGGCCUGCUCAUCGUCUAUUUGAUACUCCGAGCUGCAGAGUUGAAGAUGGGACCUCCCACCUAGGUCGACCUCAGGUGGUUGGAUCAUUUUCAUAUCAUCAUUUCCGUCAACAAAGUCACCUAGUGCUAAAGCACCUGUAGUAGAGGAACAUCAUCUGCCAGUUUCCUUGUUCGUGGAGGAAACCAAGAACAAAGAAAGUGGAGUCGGCCCACUUUUGACCAUUUCGGCGCAGAGAGUUGAU